AUGCUGGAUCCUUCUUCCAAGUCAACACCGCCAGUCUUCGCAGGCGAUGAGUCGUUGAAGAGCCUUCGCCGGGCGCUUGUGUCCAAGAAGAUCUACGGUGCCUGGCGCUCGGCGCCCAGCGACUCGCUGCUGCGCAUCAACUUUGCCUCGAAGAAGCUCAUCAGUGGCCAGGAGGCUCCGAAGGAGGAGGUUUACGCAGCCAUGAAGGACUAUGCAGCCAGGCGGCCGGACCGGCCGAAUGGAGCUAGUGUGGUGGCGAGAGGGGACGAGUAG